CAGUUGAGCAUGUCCUCAUAUCAUGCAGGAAAUUUACACAAGACAGACAAGAAAUGAUGACACAGUUACGAAAAAUAGAGCGGUUAGAGGACGAUAGAGUCUGUUGCGGAGACUGUGGUCCAGGGAGGAAACGGUUAUUUAAUUUGUCAAGGAAAGACGGCUGUAAAUGGACAGUAAAGGAGAACAAAACCUGAAGGUGGCAGUAAUGCAACAUCGUGGAUGCCAACUGCCGUGAAACCUCGAAGAAGAAGAAGAAGAAGAAGAAGAAGAAGGAGAAAGCUAACAAAACAUCCAUGCUAACAACAGCUAAAGCUACUGAUACUAAUUGUUACGGGUUAAGUAAAAAGUCGAUACUUGUUUGUUUUUUUUUAAAUACCGAGAAGUGUAAAUUACAUAGUCUCCUUAUGUCACUCUUAGCUACGGCUGCAACGCUGAGUAUGAGCAGCGCGUGAUGUGCACCACAGUGGCUGCUAAUGUGUGUUGACAGACAUGGUCCGUAAGAGAAGCGUAGUUUGGGUCUUUUUUAAAACCGUCGACUCAGAGUCGGUCCAGUGUCUGCUCUGCAGGGAUUAUCUGGUCAAACAUGGUCAGGGCACCACCACGGCCAUGCUGAGACAUCUGCGUGUCAAACAUCCCACCGAGGUCGUGAAGAUAAGUAAGAGGCGUGUAGCUGAAACGACCUCCAUCAACGGCCAUCACGACAUGGAGCCGGACAGCGAACAGUUCUGCUCCGUGGAAGUGGCACUGGAGGACGGGGACUCUGACACCCUUAUUACAGGGAAUGAAGCUGAGAUUAAUUCUGCUAUUACUGGCAUCCUGGAAGCUGCAGGUCCAGCAGAACAAAUAACACAUGAAGAGGCGAGUGACGACUGCCCUGUGAGACGUAGACGAAAUAAACGGAGCUUGAUUUGGAGACACUAUGAGCACUUGGACAGUUUGGCUGCUGCUCGUUGCCGUAUUUGCAUGAAGAAGUUACAGUGCUUUGAAGGUGGCAGCACCAGCAACCUGCAUCGGCACAUGUCAAAGAGACACCCGGAGGUGUUUUCUCAGCUAGUGGCCGACGGGCAGAACCCGCCACCGUCCCACGCAUCACAGGGCUCAGAUGCUAAUGGUGACACAUCAACACCAGUGGAAGUGGCACUGGAGGACGGGGACUCUGACACCCUUAUUACAGGGAAUGAAGCUGAGAUUAAUUCUGCUAUUACUGGCAUCCUGGAAGCUGCAGGUCCAGCAGAACAAAUAACACACGAAGAGGCGAGUGAUGACCGCCCUGUGAGACGCAGGCGGAGUAAGCAGAGCUUGAUUUGGAGACACUAUGAGCGCUUGGACAGUUUGGCUGCUGCUCGUUGCCGCAUUUGCAUGAAGAAGUUACAGUGCUUUCAAAGCGGCAGCACCAGCAACCUGCAUCGGCACAUGUCAAAGAGACACCCGGAGGUGUUUUCUCAGCUACUGGCCGACGGGCAGAACCCGCCACCGUGCCACGCAUCACAGGGCUCAGAUGCUAAUGGUGACACAUCAACACCAGGUGUGCUGAAAGUUUCCGGAGAGUCUCAAGGAGAGAAACGUGUGUUUAGGAGAGAGCGGGAGCUGAUAGAAGCUCUGAGGAGAGCGCAGAGGGAGGAGGCUCGGGCUCUGGAGCAUCAGAGGGAGCUGCUUGAGAAGCUGCGUGCAGCGAAUGACAGGGAGGCAGCUGCAGAGAGGGAGCAAAUUGAGUCAUUGAGAAAAGCACAGCUGGAGGAAGCCAAAGAUUUGAGUAGACAGAAAGAAGAGCUGAAGAAGGAAAAGGCAGAGCUACAGAAGAAAUGGGAAAAGCUUCAGCAGGAAAAAGACUAACUUCUCUUGUUUUCCAGAAGGCAGCAAACCUCCUGAUUCUGUUACAACAGGGCUGUCAUGUUGCUCUCAUCACUGAUUACAGGUUUUCUAUAAAUGCUUUGGGACUAAUUAAAUACAUGAUGUAAAAUCAAGCUAGUUGCACAAAUUUUCAUCAUAAGUUUUACUUAUCAUUCAAAUGUGUCAUUUGGCAAUCAAACUGGAAUGCUGCCAGUAGAAACUGAUAAACUUCAGAGGCUAGCAUAUAGUUACAUUUUAGAUGUGUGAAAAUAAAAAUAAUAUUUUACUCUGG